AUGAUGCCAGGGUGGUCGACCACGCAACAAGCGCCUGGCGUCUCACAACCGACCCAACCGGUUUCGUACAAUUACUCUGCCAACCCUGCCUUCGUUCCGGUACAAGUUCGCCAAGGCUUCAGUCAGUACGCUCCUCCAACACCGCCCUCACACGCUGGAUAUGUGCCACCCGUCGCAGCAGCUGCCCCGUCACAAGUAGAGCAGCCCAAGCCAAAGACGGAGUGGCCUGCAUCUGUUCGAAGUUAUGUACAGCGAUCUUUUCUCCCCCAAAACGACGAGCCUUCCGUUUCUCGUGCAGAACUCGAAGCCAAACUUAAGGAGACUAUUGGGACUGCCAAAGAAAACGGCACCUUGUAUACGAUAGACUGGGAUGCUGUUCCUUUACCUCAAGCUCUUGUGAAAGCCGACCGUGAUGCAUUGUACAACCGCAAUAUCCACACGCCGUCGUCUGAGUCUCGAGCCAACCCCAAGAAAAGAAAAUCGUCAGAUUUGGCCAACGGUGAAUCGAAUCAACCACCGUGGUACAAUGCUAACUCUCGAUCAUCCCUCGAGACUCGUAUCUCAUAUCCGUCACCGGACAAGCGUUCUGUAUUUGAUGACAACUCGGCGAAGUCAAGUAAGUUCCACAAGGAGGCCGCCAAUAAACGCAAGCGCCGCUUCGAGAGCGAGUACAAGGCCGUGUAUAGGUCGCCGAGUCCAACUCCACCAUCGUCUGGUCCCAUUAUUGGAACCAGUGAGGUUUUAGAAAAGAGGUAUCUCCGCCUGACUGCGCCUCCGAUUCCUUCCAAUGUCCGGCCAGAGCGUAUUCUGCGUCAGACACUGGACCUGUUGAAAAAGAAGUGGAGGAAAGAGGGAAAUUAUUCAUAUAUAUGCGACCAGUUCAAGUCGAUGCGACAAGAUCUUACUGUCCAACGGAUUAAAAACGAUUUUACUGUCUCCGUGUACGAAAUCCACGCCCGCAUCGCUUUGGAAAAGGGAGAUAUCGGUGAGUAUAAUCAGUGCCAGACCCAGCUCCGCUCCCUGUAUAGUUUGGGUUUAAAGGGCAACCACGUCGAGUUCAAAGCGUAUCGUAUUCUUUAUUUCAUUCAUACCGCCAAUCGCACCGGUCUAAACGACGCGAUUGCAGAUCUAACCACAGCAGAAAAGGAGGAGAAGCCGAUUAAACAUGCGUUGCAAGUUCGAUCAGCUUUGGCCUUGGGAAAUUAUCACAAGUUCUUCCAGCUCUAUCUUGACACGCCCAAUAUGGGCGCCUAUCUCAUGGACAUGUUUGUUGCAAGAGAGCGCCUCGCUGCCUUGUGUAAUGUUUGCAAAAGUUAUAAACCGGACGUGAAACUCCGUUUCAUAACUGAAGAGCUUGGCUUCGAGUCUGAUGCCGAUGCUGCGCAGUUCAUCAUCGACCACAACGGCCAGCACCUGUUAGAAGACCGAUCAGACAACAUUGUGUUCCUGAGCGGGAAAGCUGGCCAGCUUUUCGAAGCAUCCCGAUCCGAGGCUUUCCGAAGAGUCGACAUCAAAGGGCAAAUCUAA